UCGCUGCUCUAUGCAUCGCGUCUCAUCACUCCUGCAUUGCUGUAGCAGCAGAUGUUCGCACACUGAAGCCAAUAUCCACUGUUCUCUCUACCGGAGCAAGUGUUCUGCAGCGGAGAGUGAGAAGACGAGGAAGUGUGAGGACGUUUGUUCUCUCUCCUCACACGUCUGGUGUGUGUGUGUGUAUGUGGGUGAGUGAGUGAGCUGAAGAUAUCAGUCUCGUCUUUCUUUACCACACCUGUGAUGCGCUGCUGUCUCUGAGCAACGAAGACGCACUGAUGGCCAAGGUACAGGAAGAGGAUAUGUGUUGAAAGAGGACUUAUAAAUGCGUUGAUCGGUGUAACAUUAAAAAAACUAAACCCAGACAGACAGCAGAUACCACUCGCAACUCAUUCAGCAGAUACUGACUUAAACUUGAACGACAAGGUGAUAAAGAUGCCGUUACUCCUGGGUCCCUUUGUCCGCUUGAGAUCCGGGCUUGUACUCACGUGGAUCUGCUUGUUUUCGUCCGGAUUUACCUUCAUUGGUGGAGAGCAUGCGGACACUGUGACGCAUCCACUUCCUGCGGCCUUCUCCGACCUGCUGCCACACUUCCUGUUGGAGCCUGAUGAUGUUUAUAUCGUUAAGAACAAGCCAGUGACCCUCACCUGCCGCUCAACCCCUGCCACUCAGAUCUACUUCAAGUGCAACAGCGAAUGGGUUCACCAGGAUCAGCACUUGAUCGAGCGUGACGUGGACCCUGCCACAGGGCUGCCGGUGAUGCAGGUGAAGAUUGACAUCUCCAGACAGCAGGUGGAGAAGAUCUUUGGUCUGGAGGAUUAUUGGUGUCAGUGUGUGGCCUGGAGCACUACAGGAACCCAGAAGAGCCAAAAGGCAUAUGUGCGCAUUGCCUAUCUGAGGAAGAACUUUGAAGAAGAACCGCUGGGUAAGGAAGUGGCACUGGAUCAGGAAGUCCUCCUGCGCUGUCAUCCUCCUGAAGGUGUUCCUCCUGCAGAGGUGGAGUGGCAGAGAAACGAGGAGCUAAUCGACCCCAAGACUGACCCCAAUUUCUUCAUCACCGUGGACCAUAAUCUCAUCAUCAAACAAGCCCGCCUGGCCGACACAGGCAACUACACCUGCGUGGCCAAGAACAUUGUGGCUCGACGAAAGAGCUCCUCGGCUACUGUGAUUGUCUAUGUGAACGGUGGCUGGUCCACAUGGGCCACAUGGUCGGCCUGCAGUGCUAUCUGUGGUCGGGGGUGGCAGAAGAGGAGCCGGAGUUGCACCAAUCCCACUCCCCUGAACGGCGGGAUGUCCUGCGAGGGCCAAAGCGUCCAGAAAAGUGCCUGCACUGCCACCUGUCCAGUGGAUGGAGGUUGGAGCGAGUGGAGUAAGUGGUCUCCAUGUGGAGCCGACUGCACCAUGUGGAGGAGCAGGGAAUGUACCCAACCUACACCCAGCACCAGUGGGAAGGACUGCCAGGGCCUGGAUCUCCAGUCCCUCAACUGCACCAGUGAGCAGUGCCCACAGACGGCAUCAGGUGCUGAGGAUGUGGCCUUGUACGUGGGGAUCGUGGCAGUGGCUCUUUGUCUGACUCUCCUGCUGAUUAUCCUGGUGUUGGUCUACCGCAGAAAGAAGGAAGGUCUCGAUGCAGAUGUGGCCGACUCCUCCAUCCUCACCACUGGCUUUCAGCCCAUGGGCAUCAAGCCCACCAAGCCAGGUGUGUGGGCACCGCGCAGGGCAGCCCGCAGCAAAAACUCUCAUUUGCUCACCAUCCAACCCGAUUUGACUACCACUACCACAAGCUACCAGGGAACACUGCGUUCUCGCCAUGAAAUCACUGGGAAGUUCUCCUUGAGCAACGGCCCCCUCCUGGAGCCACUUCCAAACGGCUCCCACACACUGCACAACGGCAAACUGCCUAGCGAUCCCAAUGACUUCAUGAACCGCUUGUCCUCUCAGACGUAUUUCAAAACGCUACCGAGAGACAACGUCAACACCUCCUACGGCACAUUCAAUUUCCUGGGUGGCCGCCUAACCCUCCCCAACACUGGAAUCAGCCUUCUCAUCCCGCCAGAGGCCAUUCCCAGAGGGAAGAUUUAUGAGAUUUAUCUCACCAUUCAGAAGAAGGAAGACAUGAGAUUGCCCCUGGCUGGGUGUCAGACAUUGCUGAGCCCCGUGGUGAGCUGUGGCCCGCCCGGUGUGGUGCUCACCCGGCCGGUCAUCCUCACUAUGGACCAUUGCUCUGAUGCGUGCCUGGAGAAUUGGGCCAUCCGUCUCAAGAAGCAGUCAUAUGAGGGAACAUGGGAGGAUGUACUUCAGCUUGGUGAGGAAGUGGUUUCGGAACCAUACUACUGCCAGCUGGAGGCGGAGACGUGCCGGGUGUUCACUGAGCAGCUGGGCCGCUUUGCUCUGGUCGGGGAGUCCCUCAGCAUGGCUGCAGCUAAACGCCUAAAACUGCUGCUCUUUGGUCCCGCCUACUGCUCUACGCUGGAGUACAACAUCCGCAUCUACUGCAUGGAUGACACACAGGACCUGCUAAAGGAGGUGAUGCAGAUGGAAAGACAGCUGGGAGGUCGACUGAUUGACGAGCCUCACGUCCUGCUCUUCAAAGACAGCUACCAUAACCUGCGCCUCUCGAUUCACGACAUGCCCCAGGCACUCUGGAGGAGCAAACUACUCACCGGCUAUCAGGAGAUCCCAUUCUAUCAUAUCUGGAGCGGCUCUCAGCAGACCCUGCACUGCACCUUCACACUGGAGAGACAGAGCCUGAGCACCUGUGAUCUCACCUGCACGCUGUGUGUGUGGCAGGUAGAAGGAGAGGGACAAAGCUUCACCCUGGACUUCAACAUCUCAAAGGACAUCAGACCACUGGACUCUGAUUUCCUGUUAAUGGACAACUGCACCCCUGCCCUGGCUGGUCCGAGCGCAUUCCAAAUCCCUUACCUCAUCCGACAGAAGAUCUGCAGCAGUCUGGACACCACAUGUCCCAAUGGAGCAGACUGGAGACUACUGGCCCAGAGACUGAAGCUUGACAGACACAUGAGUUUCUUUGCAUCCAAAGCGAGCCCCACAUCAGUGAUUCUGGACUUAUGGGAAACCCAGCACUUCCACAGUGGUAAUCUCAAUCAGCUUGCCGCUGUGAUGGCCGAGAUUGGCAAGCAGGAGGCCAUGAUAUUCCUGGUGUCAGACGGGGAGUGCUGACACAUUAAAACUGAAGCACGGCGGCCGUCUCUGAGUAAUGGGGUGGAGGAAGGACGCGACCCUCUGCCCGCCCCACCAUAGAUGAGAAACAAAUCAAAGAACAGGGUUUACCCAGCUAUAUGAGGCCACUUCCCCAGUGAAUAGGGAAUAAAAUAAAAAGAAGGAAGGAAAAACAAAACAAGACCAGGCUCAGAAGGAACCUGGCAGGGCUUUAAGAUGUACUGUGACUGAGACAAAUGCCCCUUUCUUGGAACGAAAAUCCAUUUGUUUUGAAAAUAAUGGUGUAUAGAA